ACUGGAGGAGGCUCCGGAGGGAAGGGUUUGCAAACAGGAAAGAGGAGAAAGCUAUAAGAGGAGCAUUAAUUGACAGAAGCGUCAAAGCAUCUAACUGAGAGGAUGGGAGGGAGAGACUGCUUAGCGCACACAAUGAAGCUUUAAAUAGAUUUUUUAUUUUUAUUUUAUUUUUUAUUCUCUCAUUUGCAAGGCUACACCUUGUUUAUCACAAAACGACACUUGCAUUGAGACGAAGUGAGGAUUCUGCAGCUGUUUUUUAAACUUUGGGUCGACGACGCGCUCCUGCUGGGGCGCUUCUUGAUCAAAUGCUGGAUAAACUGGUAGGAAAAGUGUCGCUUUCAGCGCGUGAGGAAAAGACAGCUUCGCCCUGUCUGCUCCUACCGACACCCUGCCCAAAAACUCUCCUACGGCUUCUUAUGUGAAUUCUUGUUCCUGUUCGCUUGGAUUCUGGAAGAAGCGCUGAGAUCUGCUGAGAGAAGCAUCUGCGAUCGCCUGUGCGCUCAAUAUGUACCAGGGGCAUUUACAGGGGAAAGACUCUAGGGCUGCAGAUAAGACUGUUGCCAUGGUCCUGAAGGAGAUACCCAGUAAGGCGUCAUCAGAAGCGAAGCCCCUCCUCACAGUGACUACCAAGCUGGUGAGCGAGCAACAAGAGAGUCGGCCGCUAUUAAGCCCUUCCAUUGACGAUUUCCUCUGCGAGACCAAAUGUGAUGGGAUUUCUCGCCCAGUGACUUCCAACACAGCCGUUCUUUCUUCAACGCUGGACCUUUUGGAUCUCAGUGAACCAGGAGAGAGGAGGAACAGCAAAGACAAAAAAAGUUCUUUGUUGUCCCGAGGUGACGGUCAAAAGAACAGCUCACACAAGAAAAAGACGGAUGAGACAGAGUUGAUUCAGGUGGAAGUUGAACAGACAGGACCAAAUAUGAGAAACCCAGAGAGGGCAUCACUCGAGUCAGUUGCCAUCGGGUCUUUGGAUAAAUGGGAAGAACUUAAUUCCAGUACUGAGAGGAAUGGCAACAGAAAAUGGAAGCUCGAGAGACGCCGUUCUUCCAAAAAUUCAUCCAGCGAAUUCUUAUGGUCUUUAGACUGUAAAAUCCAACCUGAUUCUUCAAAUAGGAACAUGUUGGAGGCAAACCCCAAAGCAGAGCCAGAAUCAGCCCUUGCUUCACAACUCAACAGGCAGUAUAUUAGUGGAAGACAUGCUCGUCUAACGAAGGAGCAGCGCUUGGGUAGCGCCCUUCUGUCAAGACAUCAAUCCCUGGAGGAGGAGUUUGAGCGAGCCAAGGCUGCCGUUGAGUCAGAUACGGAGUUCUGGGACAAAAUGCAGGCAGAGUGGGAAGAGCUAGCACGACGAAACUGGCUGACAGAAAAUGAGCAGGCGCAAAUACCCUCAUCUGUAUCACCCCAUGAGAAGGGUUACUACUUCCACACGGAUAAUCCUUAUAAGGAGCUGCCAAAUGCGUUUGAAGAGGGACUGAAGAAAUCUCGGGAGGGAGACUUGCAAAAUGCUGUGCUUUUGCUGGAAGCAGCCGUCUUGCAGGACCCUCAUGAUUCAGAGGCGUGGCAGGUGUUGGGGACCACACAGGCUGAAAAUGAAAAUGAGCAGGCUGCAAUCGUCUCCCUGCAAAGGUGUUUGGAGCUCCACCCAAAUAACAUAUCAGCCCUCCUGGCUCUGGCAGUAAGCCUGACCAACACUGGUAUGCGUCAUGACGCCUGUGAGGCCCUGCUCCGCUGGUUGAAACACAAUCCCAAGUACAAGCACCUGCUUAAGUCCAAGACUCAUAUGAUGGGCUCCCCGAACUCUCAGCGCAGGAUGUCGUAUGUUCUAAAUGCAGGCAGACAUGACAGCUCACUGCUGCCAGAGGUCAAGGAGUUCUUCCUGGAAGCAGCACAGCAAAACUCGGACAGCAUUGACCCGGAUUUACAGACAGGCCUUGGGGUGCUCUACAACCUCAGCGGCGAGUUUAACAAAGCUGUAGAGGCUUUCAAUACAGCCCUGUCAGUGCGGCCUGAAGACUAUUUGUUAUGGAAUCGCCUUGGCGCUACUCUAGCAAAUGGGGAUCGUAGUGAAGAGGCAGUGGAGGCAUACACUCGAGCCCUCGAGCUACAUCCAGGGUUUAUCAGGUCCCGCUAUAAUCUGGGCAUCAGCUGCAUUAACCUUGGGGCUCACAGGGAGGCAGCCAGUAACUUCCUGACAGCUUUAAGUCUCCAGAGGAAGAGCCAGAGUGGCCAGCAGUCCAAUCAUGUGAUGUCUGGUAACAUCUGGGCAGCUCUGAGGAUAGCUUUAUCCAUGAUGGACCAACCUGAACUCUUUCAGGCUGCAAACAUUGGCGACCUGGAUCUCCUGAUGCGGGCCUUUAACUUGGACAUUUGAGAAAUCAAUGGAAGCGAUGUUUGGGUACGCUCCAUCUUUUAUCCUUUGAUAUCCAACCAAUAGCCAAAAGCCCAAAGUGCAUGUGUUUGAGUCAACACCCAAGCAUGUGUUCAGUUUCUACACUUCAAAAUUAACUAAAAAGGUCAAAUUAUUUUUCCUGCUCUAAAUUUCUUCUGAGCAGUUCAGAGGGCCGGCUCUUCCAAGGAUUUGAAUAGACUGCUUAGUGAUGGAAUUUGCACUGCAAUUUGUGAUUUCCCUAAAGAGCACAAGGACGGGCAAAGAUUGUACGAGCAAUGCCUUAGAGGACGCAUCAAUUAAAAACUGACUCAUGCAGUGGAACUGAGGUGAGCCAGGAGUGACAGUCAGAUUUAAGACUCCCUCAGAGCAACCCUCACAAGCCAUUUGCAGCAGAGAAGAAGAGGCUUUUUCAGUGGAAGAACUGUUGACUCAGGACUGUCUGUAUCUCUAUCUGACAGAUGGAUCCAGUCAGGGAACAAUAAAGGCUGCACCCUGUAACCCGGA